AUGAAACUUGCAAGGGGGGUACUCCUCCUAUGGCGCAUAUAUAUGAUGACGUACCUGCAGGAGUCCAUCCUCUGCUACAGGCAGAAGGGAAACUGUAGCAUAAAUUUAAGUCGAGGGACCCCUAGGAGAGAACAACUUGCCUAUGUUAGAAGUUCAGUGGGGCGGAGUCCAAGGCAGUGCUUUAGUAACAGCUGCCUCUCCCCAAGUAGGAUACACAAAAGAACGACAAGUCAAUUGAGUAGCCUUUUCGGAGGUGACGUCUCACCACCAGUAGGCUUCCUUCACGUGAGUGAUAAGACCAGAAGAGGACUCCCUCAUGGGAAGAGAAAAAAAUAUAUACAUCCCUUUUCCUGUAGGGAGAAUCGCAGCUCUGCCGUUUAUAUUGCCAAGCUGAAUGGGGAGGGACAGGAGGAACACCCUAGGGAGAGUGAUCACAGUGGACAUGCCCCCCUACUGCACCUCACCCAAGUGGGCGACUUUUCCUUUUUCUACGGAACUGGAAGUAGGCAAAAUUGCUAUUCGACGUAUGAACAGAUUGUGCACUACAUUGAGCAGCACGGAGGGGAAUUCUCCUCGUGUAGCAGCCCCCCCAGUGAAGCUACUCAUUCAGAGGGAAGUACCAAGAAGACCAUUAUCGACCAGAAUUACACUCUCAUCAGAGGAAGAGUGGAACAGAAAGUGAAGCAAUCGAAAAGGAUUUUCCUUCGCCUCAGACAAGAAGGGGGAGUUUAUCUCACCUGUGUGUAUGAAAAAAAAGGAAGAAGCACCGAAUGGGAGGAUCCUCUGCACAGCUAUAUAAAAAAGAUACGGAACGAAAGUGUGGUAGACAUUGUUGGACAUGUGAAGGUACAUGGGGAUUUAAGCACAAGUGGGGUUCCCUUUUUGGAGAGCAUACUGAAUGAAAAGUGCAUAGAGAUCGUCGUGAGGAGCAUCCAAUGUAUUUCGGAAGCGUUUGAUGAUGUGCCUGUUAUGGUGAACGAGGGCAGGGCGUUCUGGGCGGCGCAAAAAUGUGGCGUCAUCGUCAGUGAUGGUAAUAAACAUGAUGGUAAUAAACAUGAUGGUAAUGAACAUGAUGGUAAUAAACAUGAUGGUGCUAAUAAACAUGAUGGUAAUAAACAUGAUGAUGAUGGUAGUACCGAUGGUGUUGCUCGCCGACCCACUAAACUAAACACCAGCGAAGUCAUCCUGAAGCUGCAACACCCCAGCCUCCACCACAGACACCCCAUGAACCACCUCGUGUUUCAAAUGAAGAACCGAAUUGCACAACAGUUAAGGGAGAUGCUUCGGCGGGAUGGAUACACAGAGGUGUUCACGUCGAAGUUGGUUGACCUCGGUGGAGAACACACUGCAGGUGAUGCAGGUGAUGCAGGUGUUGCAGUGGGCACCACUUCCGCUUCGGUGGAUGGCCGCCCCGGUUGCCAAUUGAACGGGUCGGAAGGAGGUUCCAGGUGCUACAAAAUCGAGGGGGAAAAAGUGAUACUAGCACAGAGUCCCCAAUUCUACAAACAAAUGUUAAUAAACGCCGACUUUGAGCGAAUCUACGAGAUGAACUACUCCUACAGGAAUGAAAAGUUUAACACGUCAAGGCAUCUGAAUGAGUUCCUUUCGCUAGACAUAGAGAGAGUCCUCUACCAGAAUUACUACGAAAUAAUUAUCCCCAUGUAUAAUCUGUUAAAGCGGCUAAAUGGGUAUAUGCUUAACACCUUUGGGGAGGAGUUAAGUUUAAUUAGCUCCUUUUUUGGAGGUUACCAUUUAGAACCUAGCAAAUUUCCCGACGUUCCUUUUGUGCUCUCCUUUUGCGAGGCAAAAGACAUACUACACAAAUAUUACUCAAGAGACCUGAAUGCUACUACUGGUUGCUCUCCCCUUGACAUGCAGGAAGGAGGGAGGAAGAAGUCACACGUAGGAGGUAACUUUGCCAAGGAGGGUGUAAGAAUUCUCACCAAUGAGGAAAAGGAAGAAUUAAAGAAAAGACUAUCAUUUGAAGCACCCCCUGGUGACAUGCUACACAACGUGUACUUUAAUCAGAAGGUGGAAAACACGUACCGUAUAUACCAGGGAGGUGUCCCCAUCGACGGGAAGUCAUCAUCAGGACAAGCGAACCAACAGGAGGAGAAUGUUUACGCCUUCCUAAACAGGUUCGACCGGGAUGAGCUCUACAAGAGGGUACUCCUCUUUCUUAACCGCCUGUAUGAGGGAGGUACCACGGCAAAUGCGCCAGUUGGCACAGAUGGACAGGUCGAAUGUAAAUACUCCAUGCUGAAUCUGCUACGCAAGAACCCACAUGAAGAAGGAGACGAAGUGUAUGUAACCGAAUCGGCACAUAGCGCAGCGUUAAAGGAAAAGUACCUGCACUCUCCCGACUUCACCAACGAAGAACUACAGUUCCUACACCAGUUUCUGAAAAAAAACUUUGACGUCGACCUGUUCAUAAUAGAUCAGUACCCAUGGCACCUCAGACCAUACUACACAGCACACAACCUCUACGACAUGAGGUUUACGAACAGCUUCGACUUUUUCUACAAGGGAGUCGAAAUCAUUUCCGGCAGUCAGCGAAUCAACCACUUACCUAUUCUCCUAUUCAAAGUAGUGAACACCUGUGGGUCCGUAGAGAAUCCACAAGGAAAAUUCUCCUGUGCAUUACCCGUCACGGAAAAGACCAACUUUUCCCUCUCGGAUUACCUCAAGAAGUGUGAAGAUUUAAUAGACAGCAACUCCACUUUAAGUAAAUACAUAAAUUCGUUUCGUUUUGGUUCGAAGCCCCAUGGGGGCUUGGCGCUCGGCUUCGAACGGUACCUGCUUGCUGCGCUCAACCUGGGGAAUGUGAAGCGCGCCGUUUUUUGUGAAUAA